AUGGCUCAACGCCCUAAUACCCCCUUCAGCCAGCCCCAAGAGCCCGACCAAAUAUCUGACAGUCCUUCUCCUCGACGCGUCAAUCCCAACGACGGCAACGCGGGAUCCGUGCAGCCCAACGGAUACCAGCCACAUAUCGACCCGCGAUCCCUCGGCAACCAGCAGCCUCCUCCACCCAGUCAGGACCAGACACAUCACCAGCUGUACCAAAGGGGCCUUGUAGAUGCAACAACGGGUGGUCAGCUACUGUACCGCCCAAGACCAGAGGCGGGACCGGCCCCCUCGGCCGUUGGGCUUUCGAGGAUAGUUGCCGGACCCAGCCAAUCUCCAACUAUUAAUCCUUACACGCUUGCCGGCUUUCCUCAGUGUGGUUUGGAUUAUCUGGCCCAAUGCGAGAACCACCAACUGGAUCCAGAUAUCAACGGCUUCCAGCAAUAUCACCGCCUUCAGCAGCCUCGUCCUCUGAGUGGCCAAAAUGAGUCGAACCCUCCCUCGCCACAUUCUUCUAGCGCCCAGCCCGAAAAUCAUAACAUCAUCGAGCUGGAGCCAGUUGAGAAUCCUCAGCUGAGGCCUGAUAUUCCGGAUUCCCAUCCAGGUGAGAGAGUCGACGUUGGCAACAGUACGGUGCUGCCGGAGGAAGCUGGUCUCCAACCUGCCGGCCAUCCCCAGCAAGACGACGACCAGCCACCUGCCAUGGGAGGCAGCGACGGCCAACAGCAAGCCCUGCCAGCCCCUCCCGUCGAUAAUAGUGCAGAACCCCCCGCAGCUGCUGCGGGCCCCAGUUCUCCUCCACCCGCAGCACAAAGCGGCCAACGAGCUGCGAGGCGUCGCAGGUCCUCCAACCGUAGGGGACAGGCCCGCCCAGGGGCCUGGACGGCCGACGAGCUGCAGCGGGCGCGUGCACUUCGGGAGCAAGGCCUGAGUAUCGCCCACAUUGCCAGGGAGAUGGGCAGGACGGCCAACUCGGUCAGUGCCAGGCUCUGGCGGCUCAGUGGCGGCAACCCCAGGCGCGCUGAGAAUGAACGCCGUGCUCAUGGAGACGCCAGGCCGGAUGUGUAG